CUCCGCCCCUCGCCCCGUGGCCCCCGCGACUGGAGCCCGGCAUGGUUCUCUCUGAGCUGGCUGCGCGCCUCAACUGCGCCGAGUACAAGAACUGGGUGAAGGCGGGCCACUGCCUGCUACUGCUACGCGGCUGCUUGCAGGGCUUCGUCGGCCGCGAGGUGCUCGCUUUCCACCGCAGCCUGCUCGCCGCCGCCCCCGGCCUGGGGCCCCUCGCCGCCUGCCGCAGCGGCUCGCGGUGCAGCCCGCGCGCCCGCCAGUUUCAGCCUCAGUGUCAGGUGUGCGCAGAGUGGAAACGGGAGAUUUUGAAACAUCACACCAGCAGAAAUGGAGACGUCCACUGGGGAAACUGCCGGCCGGUCCGCUGGCCGGUCGACGCCUGGGAGGUGGCCAAGGCCUUCAUGCCCCGAGGACUGGCAGACAAAACAGGACCCGAGGAAUGUGACGCAGUUGCUCUUCUAAGUCUCAUCAACUCCUGUGAUCACUUUGAGGUUGAUCGAAAGAAAGUCACAGAGGUGAUUAAGUGUCGUAACGAGAUCAUGCACUCUUCAGAGAUGAAGGUAUCUUCUGUGUGGCUUCGAGAUUUUCAGAUAAAGAUCCAAAAUUUUCUGAAUGAAUUUAAGAAUAUCCCAGAGAUUGUGGCGGUAUACUCCCGAAUAGAACAGCUGUUGACAUCUGACUGGGCUGUUUACAUCCCUGAGGAAGAUCAGCCAGAUGGGUGUGACUAUGAAACAGGAGUUUACCUGAGUGAGCACCAAGUAAACGAGAUAGAAAUGGAAUUACUAAAGGAAAAACUUCAAGAGCUAUAUCUUCAAGCAAAAGGACAAGAGGUGUUGCCUGAAGAGAUCUUAAAUCAACUGGAAGUGGUGAAAGAAUUUCUGAGAAACAACGAGGAUCUUAGAAAUGGUCUUACAGAAGAUAUGCAGAAGCUAGACAGCCUCCAUCAACAGCCUCAAAAACUGGAUUCGAAGGAACCUAGGGCACAGACACCUGAAGGGAAGGCCUGAAGUUGAUCUUCAACAAAAAUAAGGCAUGUUCUGUGAAAGUCAGCCGGGCUUCCAUCUCAGCCGUCCUUUUCUGUGCAAAAGGGAAAACUUACCCAAGUACUCCACUCAAACAAAAAGGAAUUUGUGUCAUCUUUUCCUGGACUUUCCUUUAACUCUUUGGGAGUUUUGUGGUUUUUUUUUUUUUUUUUUUUUUUUUUUUUGACAUUCCUAAGCUUGGUGUUAUGUGAUCUGUACCAGCCAAAAAAUAUUGGAUACUCUUGUGCCAAA